UUCAACAACUGCAGCCACCUCGYUAGCUCGCUAGCCAACAAAGUCGAAACAAAAACUCUUUAGACAAUUUCGUGGUUUAUUUGCGACUAUGUUUUAAACGCACUUCUGUGGAAACAACUAGUUACCCCAUUUAAUGUAAUAUUUACGUUGUUGUCAGUCAGCUGGCUGGUUUAGUUAGCAUCCCCGACCAUGAGUUUACUAAGCUACUCUCUUCCUGCUAAAGAAGAUGUUCGGUGGACGGAGAACGGAACUAUCGUGAAAGAUGAGGAGGCUGUUACCGUAAAAAAAGAAGUAAAGGGCGAGGCUGUUACGGUGAAAGAUGAGGAAGACGCGUUCAAAGUGAAAGAGGAGGCUGUUUCAGUGAAAGAAGAGGACGAGGAGGUUACUGUCACAGUGAAAGAAGAGGAUUACGAUUUUGGAGUGGAGGAGGAAGAUAAGGAGAUUACUGUCACAUUGGAGGAGGAAGAAGAGAAGACUGGAGAUCUGAUUAACUCCAGAGAUAAACCAGACUCUCACUCUGACAGCGGGAAGAGUCCUUCAGGGGAUCCAGACCCAGAGAUUCCCAAACCAGCGACACGACACAACUGCUCCCAGUGUGGAAAGAGUUUUAAAUGGUUAUGUAAGCUCAAAGAGCAUGAGAGAACACACACAGGAGAAAAGCUCUUCCAAUGCUCCCAUUGUGAAAAGAGAUUUAACCAGUCAUCACAUCUGAAAGAGCAUGAGAGAAUACACACAGGAGAGAAGCCUUUCCAAUGCUCCCAGUGUGGAACGAAAUUUACACGGUUAAGGCACCUGAAAGAGCAUGAGAGAAUACACACAGGAGAGAAGCCUUUCCAAUGCUCCCAGUGUGGAAAGGGUUUUACACGGUUAGGGAACUUGAAAGAACAUGAAAUAAUACACACAGGAGAGAGGCCUCACCAUUGCUCCCAAUGUGGAAAGAGUUUUACCCGAGUAGGGCACCUAAAAAUACAUGAGAGAAUACAUUCUGGAGUGAAGCCUUACCUCUGUUCCCCGUGUGGAAAGAAUUUUAGGUGGUUAGAAAACCUGAAGCAGCAUGAAAAGACACACACAGGGGAGAAGCCUUACCAUUGCUCUUACUGUGGAAAGGAUUUUACCACAAUAGGGAACGUAAAAGAGCAUGAGAUGAAACACACAGGAGAAAAACCUUUCCAAUGUUCCAAGUGUGGAAAAAGUUUUACACAUUUAGGAAGUCUGAAAAGGCAUGAAGCAAUACACACAGGAGAAAAACCCUACAACUGCUCUCAGUGCGGAAAGUGUUUUCCCCAGUUAGGGUAUCUGAAAAAACAUGAGAAAAUACACACUGGAGAGAAGCCUUACCACUGUCCCCACUGUGGAAAGAGUUUUACCCGGAUAGGGAGCCUUAAAGAGCAUGAGAGGAUACAUACAGGAGAAAAGCCUUUCCAAUGUUUCCAGUGUGGAAUGGAGUUUUACCCAUUUAGUGAGCCUGAAAAAUCAUGAAGGAAUCACACAGGAGUGGAGAAGACCUACCACUGCUCUCAGUGUGGAAAGAGUUUUACCCACUUAGGGAACCUAAACAAACAUAGGCGAUACACUCUGGAGAGAAGCCGUACCCUGUUCCCGUUGUGAAAUACUUUUAGAUGGUUAGGAGACCUGAAGGAGCAUGAGAAGACACACACAGGGGAGAAACCUUACACUGCUCCUUGUGCGGAAAGGAUUUUACCAAGUUAGGGAACCUAAAAGAGCAUAAGAAGAAACACACAGGAGAAAAGCCUUACAAUGCUCCCUGUGUGGAAAGACUUUUACCCAGUUAGGGGGGCUGAAAUAUCACGAGAGGACGCACACAGAAAAAAAGACUUACCACUGCUCUCAGUGUAAAAGAUAUUUACCCGUUAGGGAACCUGGAAAAGCAUGAGAGAAUACACAUACUUAGGUGAGGAUACGACCAUCUAUUGAUCCCAAUGUGGAAAGAGUUUAGUUCAGUUAGGGAACCGAAGAGCAUGAAAACAAAUACAGUAGAGAAGGCCUUACUACUGCUUAAUUACGGAAAGACAUUUUCCCAGUCAGAGGACCUGAAAUUAAAUGAUAGAAUAGAGAUUCUGUGUUCUGACUUGUGUUUUUGACGGAGAAAUAAUGGUUU